UCGUUGAACGUGCCUGUCUGAGUUUUGGAUAUUACUUGAUGGUGGAACAUGGGAGAAAUAGAAGGCACAUACAGAGUAUUGCAGACUCCAGGUUCUCGUUUGGGAGUUCAGAAAAACACUGGAGUAAGCACACUGGAGCCAGGACAAAACUUCUCCACAGCCAUAUCUUCAAUGCCUGCUAAAAGUCAUGAUCGGUCUGUACAGCUCAAGAUAAAGCUUUUGGAUAACACAGUGGAGGUAUUUGAUAUUGAGUCAAAAUGUCUUGGCCAGAAGCUGCUGACAGAGGUUUAUAAACAUUUAAAUUUGGUUGAAUCGGACUACUUUGGAAUUGAGUUUCAGAACAUGCAGUCAUAUUGGAUUUGGCUUGAGCCUAUGAAACCCACCAUUAAACAAAUUCGAAGGCCAAAGAAUGCAAUGAUGCGUCUAGCUGUAAAAUUCUUUCCUCCUGAUCCUGGUCAGUUGCAAGAAGAAUAUACCAGGUAUCUGUUUGCACUGCAGAUCAAGAGAGACCUGGUAGAGGAACGCCUUGCAUGCAAUGACAACACAGCAGCACUCCUCAUUUCUCACCUUCUACAGUCGGAGAUUGGAGAUUUUGAUGAAACGGGGGACCAAGAACACCUUAAAAACAAUCUGUACUUUCAAAAUCAGGAAAGACUACAAGGAAAAAUACUUGAAUUUCACAGGAGGCACAUGGGCCAAACUCCUGCAGAAUCUGAUUUCCAGGUGCUUGAAAUAGCUCGGAAGCUGGAGAUGUACGGCAUAAGAUUUCAUCUGGCAUCUGACCGUGAGGGGACAAAAAUUUACUUGGCUGUUUCACACACAGGUGUGCUAGUAUUCCAGGGUAAUACAAAAAUCAAUACUUUCAACUGGUCCAAAGUUCGAAAAAUAAGCUUUAAAAGAAAACGAUUCCUUAUCAAGCUGCAUCCAGAAGUGCAUGGUCCCUAUCAGGAUACUUUGGAGUUUCUUUUGGGCAGUAGGGAUGAGUGCAAGAACUUCUGGAAAAUCUGUGUGGAAUACCACACUUUCUUCAGGUUAUUUGAUCAGCCAAAACCAAAGGCAAAAGCAGUCUUCUUCAGCAGAGGAUCAUCUUUCAGAUACAGUGGGCGUACACAGAAACAGUUGGUGGAUUAUGUUAAAGAAAGUGGGUUGAAAAAAAUUCCCUAUGAAAGGAGGCAGAGCAAAACUAGAAUGUCUGCUCACACCUUGAAUCCUGAUGCACCCAAACAGAGUGUCUCUUUUACAGAAGGAUUAAGAGCCCCUGUGCCUAAUGCAUGUACAUAUGCCUCCUUCCAUUUGGAUAAUAUGUUAUCCACAAAUACUGCAAGUGUGCCCACUUUCACAGAGAGCAACCCUUUCUUUUUGGAACCCAGAAUAUCAAAUACAAGGAGCUCAACAGGAGAAGGAAACAGUGGACCAUCAGAAGAAACUGGGAAGAAAGUGGCACAGCAACCUGGAUCACCAGUACUCCAGACAUUCCAAGGCCCUCAGCUUUCACCUUUCACAACAAAAAACCCAAUAACCUUGAACCCUCCAUUUCAUGUGAAUAUGAACACAGCUGGCCAAGGCUCAUCUCCUCUUCUGAGCCCUGUUCUGAGUGAUGCUGGUGGCCCCAGGGCAGAGGAGGAGGAGGAAGCAAGACACAAGCGAUAUCCAGUGGACAAAGCAUAUUUCAUUGCAAAAGAAAUCCUUGCUACCGAACGAACUUAUUUAAAAGACCUUGAAGUCCUGACGGUAUGGUUCCGCAGUAUAGUCGUCAAGGAGAAUGCCAUGCCUGAAGGCCUUAUGACCUUAUUCUUCUCUAACAUAGACCCUAUUUAUGAGUUUCACAGAGGUUUUCUAAAAGAGCUGGAGCAGCGGCUAGCACUUUGGGAAGGCCGCUCAAAUGCUCCCAUAAAAGGAGAUUAUCAACGGAUUGGUGAUUUAAUGCUUAAAAAUAUGCAUAUGCUGAAGGAGCUUACCGUCUAUUUACAGAAACAUGACGAGGUCCUGACAGAGCUAGAGAAAGCAACUAAAUACAUAAAGAAACUGGAGAUGGUUUAUAAGGAAUUUGAACUCCAGAAGGUUUGCUAUUUGCCACUCAAUACUUUCCUGCUUAAACCCAUCCAGAGGUUAAUGCACUACAAGCUGAUCCUGGGGAGACUUUGUAAGCACUACGCGAUAGAUCACCGGGACUACGCUGACUGCAGGAAUGCACUGAAGGAGAUCACAGAAAUGACAUCACAGCUUCAAAACAGCCUCAUUCGCUUGGAGAAUUUCCAGAAGCUAACAGAGUUACAACAUGACUUGCUCGGCAUUGAUAACCUUGUAGCUGCUGGCAGAGAAUUUAUCCGGGAAGGCUGCUUAUACAAGCUCACCAAAAAGGGUUUACAGCAGCGGAUGUUCUUUCUGUUUUCAGAUAUGUUGCUGUAUACAAGCAAAGGAGUGACUGGCACCAAUCAGUUCAAAAUUCAUGGGCAUCUCCCUCUACAUGGGAUGCUACUAAUAGUGCUGGAUCCUCCGGUGGAAGAGAGUGAAAACGAAUGGUCUGUCCCUCAUUGCUUCACAAUCUAUUCAGCUCAGAAAACUAUAGUUGUGGCAGCAAGCACUCGUCUAGAAAUGGGAAAGUGGAUGGAAGAUCUCAACAUGGCAAUUGAAAUGGCCAAGAAAUCCAGUGAGAAAGCGGAGAUGUCUCUGGACAACUCCACCUGCAACCGUUCCAACAGAUCCUCUGAUGAGGUUUCUCUAGAACAGGAGUCCGAAGAGGACAUACAUUCUUCUCGUAGCUCCCUGGACAGGCAGAGCCACCAUCGUGCCAACACUACCAUGCAUGUCUGUUGGUACCGCAACACCAGUGUCUCCAUGACUGAUCACAGUGUGGCCGUCGAGAACCAAUUAUCAGGAUACCUACUGAGGAAAUUCAAAAACAGUAAUGGCUGGCAAAAGCUUUGGGUUGUAUUUACAAACUUCUGCCUUUUCUUCUACAAAACUCACCAGGAUGAUUACCCGCUGGCCAGUUUACCACUGCUUGGUUAUACAGUUGGCACCCCAGUGGAAGCAGAUGGCAUUCAGAAGGAUUAUGUCUUCAAGCUGCAGUUCAAGUCUCAUGUGUAUUUCUUCAGGGCUGAGAGCAAGUAUACCUUUGAAAGGUGGAUGGAAGUAAUAAAGAGAGCCACAAGUUCUCCUGGGAGAUCUAGUCUGUGUAUCCCAAAGGAUGAAAAGGAAAAAACCACAAAUUGAUAAGAGCAGAGCUGGGUCUCUGUUGAUGGUUAAUAGCUUGCAGCACAGAAGAAAGAAGGCAGGGGUUUGAGUUUGGCAGUAGUUU